GGAAGGCAGGCGUGGUUGGUGUGCGUUCGUGUGAACAUCGGUACAUCGGACCAGAAUCGUAUUCGGGACAAAGCAGUUUCGAAAAGCACGAAGAACGUAACGAGAGACACAUCUAACGAGUAAUAAAAUGACGAUGGAUGUGAGUAAAAGCGAGCCGAGCAAGAACGGAGCUGCUCAACAGGAAUGCGCAGGCUGUGGGAAAGUGAUUACAGAAAGGUACCUUCUGAAAGCGCUGGACAUGUUCUGGCACGAAGACUGUUUAAAAUGCAGCUGUUGCGCGUGCAGACUCGUCGAAGUUGGCUCGACGCUGUACACGAAAACCAACCUUAUAUUGUGCAAAAGGGACUAUCUAAGACUUUUUGGAAACACUGGCCAUUGCGCGGCUUGCAACAAAAUGAUACCGGCCGUCGAGCUAGUGAUGAGGGCGAGAACCAACGUCUAUCACUUGGAAUGUUUCGCUUGCCAACAAUGCAAUCACAGAUUCUGUAUCGGCGACAGAUUUUAUUUGUACGAAAAUAAAAUCUUGUGCGAGUACGAUUACGAAGAGAGGCUGGUUUUCGCGAACAUGGCGGUACAUCCGCCUCCAACAGCGACCUUGGCACAAAUUAAGAGACAAGUGACGCACCUUCAACCACAGACCAUAUCCACGGGAAGUCCGCAGAGACACGCAAACGGAGAAACAACCCAUAACCACAAUGGAUAUCCCGCGCCAGCGAGCUCGAGCGCCCAUAACAUCCUGAACCCCAUGAAUAAUUUAAACGGCAUCAAUGCACAAACACCUUACGAUACGAAAUGACAAACGAAGUAAACGCCAGCGUAUAUCGAUCGAAUAGCGAGAAGCGUUGCCAAAUUUGUUCAACGACACGGACGUCUUUUCUAUCAUCGUCGUCACUA